UCAGGGGUAGGUUACGGUGGUGCUAUGUAUCGCCUGCUGGACUACAGGAACAUGGCGGCCGCAGAUGCAAUUGUUGAACUGAUGAUACAUGCUGUACCAGGGCUGAAGUUCAAAUUAAGUAUGGACAUUAUGUUUUGUUGUUGUUUUUGUGUAUCCUAUGCACUGCUAGGUAACUCUUGGGUGGAGUCCUAAAAUAAUAUAUCUCUUUAAAUAAAUGACCACUGCAUAUUUUUCAUUCAAAGUGAAACGUUUUAGAUCACGUGACAGUUGUGUCUUUGGUUUUAAAAGAUAAUUUUUGUUAUGGUAUUCUCUGCCUGAUGGACCCAGAUAAAUAUCAUACUAUUGAACCCAUCUAAAUAUCAUACUAUUGAACCCAGUGACAGAUGAUUGACCCUGCUACAAUCAAACUAUUGGAGCAAGCUACAGAUCAACCCCUUUUUAGAAAGGUAUCAAAUAAAAGGAAAAAACGUUAUUUUUCAGCAGCAGAAUAUUAAAUCAAGUUAACAUUUAUUUCUUUUUUUAUUCCACAGUGGAGGGCAUACGAGUAGCAGAGUUUGGUUGUGGAUCAGGUCGUCUCAUCAGCAGCCUGGCCACCAGAUUCCCAAGCAGCGCCUUCACGGGGUCAGAGUACAGAGCUGACCUGGUCGUCCAGAUGAAGUCGUCCUGGGGCUACCUGUCUAACGUACGAUUCGAGGUCUUCGACCUGUGCCAGUCUAACCCGAACCCAGACCGGAAGCUGGACUGGAUCUACGCCAUUGACGUCAUCCACUACCUCCCUUACCCGCUGACGGCCCUGAAGGUAAUACGGGCAUUGAUGAAAGAUGCCGGCUCUCUGUUCAUGUCCGUGGAGAUGACGGGAAAUGAAAGCCACCUGGUGCCCGCUGAAAAGGCAGGAGGGGAACGUCCCACGGACGAUGCCGGAUAUCUCGAGGAUGCCGGAAGUCUAGAGGCCGCCUCUGUGUAUGCACUGAGCACAUUCCUGAGUCUUCCCGAGAGAAAUCAAAGGGUUAAUAGAGACGUUUUCGGCUCCGGCUGGAGUAAGAAGACCGCCGUGGAUAUUUACACGAUGGCGGGGUUUAAAGUCAGGGUACAAGAUCUGGACGGUGCAGAAGGCCGAAAGACGCUUUUAAUCUGCGAGCCU